UAAACAAACGUGGUGAUAACGUGAUAGAAAUUUGGCUUAUGAUGUGCUCGUUCUGAAGAAAAUCCAACUAUACUUAUUAUAUUACAUAUUAUUGUAUUAUGUUAACUGUUUUUGGAAUUUGAAUUAUUUGUUAACUGGUAUUGUCACGCAAAUGGGUGACAUCGUAGAGGAAGAUUGGAACUUGCCGCCGUGCAAGUAUGAAUAUUUGGAUCAUACAGCUGAUGUUCAAUUGCACGCAUGGGGUGUCACAUUGAUUGAAGCUUUUGAACAGUGUGCUAAUGCUAUGUUUCAUUAUAUGACCGAAGUUGAAUACAUAGAGAUGAAAGAGACUUUUGAAAUAGAAGCUAGUGGCCACGAUAUGAUGACACUUUUGUAUAAUUUUCUUGAUGAACUACUAUUUAUAUUUAGUGCAGAGCCCUUUUAUAUAGCCAGAAAAGUGGAAAUACUCGAAUUUGACAGAACUGAAUUUAAAAUUAAAGCAAAAGGUUUUGGAGAAGAAUUUCAACUCGGUAAACAUCCCCAAGGAACGGAAGUUAAAGCGAUCACAUUUUCUAAUAUGCAAAUACACGAAAGUGAAGGAAACUGUGAAAUAAACAUAAUCAUACGUUUUAAAUUCUGAACAACUUGUCGAUGGUUGCUAUUUUUUUUUGGAGUGUAUUGAAAACAGGGAAAAAGUCGAGAAAUGAUUCACAAAUCUGCGUGGGUAAGCUGAAACGAAUAUUGUACUAUCACUUUUAAAUCAAUUACCAAAUAUGAGUUUUGUGGAAGCAUUAAUAAUGUUCUAGAAAUUUUGUGUUAUUUAUUGUUAAAAAAAAUGAUCAAUAAUUGUUAUAUUUUAUACUAUUUAUUUAAAAUUAAAAUUAAAUUUAUAUCAUUUAAAAUUACAUUUAAAAAAAGUUUUCUUAAUGUUUUCUUUUUCUUUGGCAAUUUGUUUUAUGUUGUUGACUUUGGUUAUCGCUUUUAC